AUGGACCGUAUCGCCGAAUUCAGGAGAUGGAAGGCACAGUGUUUGAGCAAAGCGGACCUUAGCCGGAAGGGCAGUGUGGACGAGGAUGUGGUAGAAGUUGUGCAGCUCCUGAAUGGGCGAGAACAGUUUUUCACCACCAGUUCCUGCGCGGGCCGCAUCGUCCUCCUAGACGGGGGUAUGAAUGGUUUCGAGGUUCAGAAACAAAACUGUUGUUGGCUCCUGGUUACACACAAAUCUUGUGUAAAAGAAGAUGUAAUUAUAGCUCUAAAGAAAGCCAGUGGUGAUGCAGUUUUGAAAUUUGAACCACUUAUUCUUCAUGUGCAGUGUCGACAAUUGCAGGAUGCACAGAUUCUGCAUUCAGUGGCCAUGGAUUCUGGUUUCAGGAACUCUGGCAUAACAGUGGGAAAGAGAGGGAAGACUAUGUUGGCUGUCCGGAGCACACAUGGCUUAGAAGUUCCAUUAAGCCAUCAGGGAAAACUGAUGGUGACCGAGGAGUAUAUUGACUUCCUGUUAAAAAUAGCAAAUCAGAAAAUGGAGGAAAACAAGAAGAGAAUCGAAAGGUUUUACAACUGCCUACAACAUGCUUUGGAAACAGAAAUUAUUACUACGUCACAUCCCAAAGAGAAAAUCAUAGAGAAAAAUACUCAUAUGAAAAAAAGUCCAGAAAAGGCACAUGGCAAAUGUAUUGCUGAAGAACAUGAUGAAGACCUUGAAGAUGGCGAUGGUGAUGAUGACCCAGGAAUCAGUGUCACCUUCUUCCCUAAAGAUUACUGAGAUUUGGUUCUGAAGAGUUUUGAUAAAAUAAUGCUCUUUGUAAGAGUAUUUUAGUUGUUCAGUGUAUCAGCCAUUCAGAAAAGCAAGAUUUAACUUUAUUUUAGGGACUCUCAACUCUUAGCUUUUUAAAAUAGUUGUGUAUAUUUAUUUUCUCAUUAAAUGCCAUCCUUUUUACUCACAUAUUCAUUACAAAAUAAAAUUAUGAUUUUUAAUG